CUUUGCUGUUUAUGCUAAUCCCAACUAAUCACGCAAGUUCUUUCAGGGUUCCAUGUGGCUCCUUUGCGUCUUGCUUCUGCCUUUCAGCGAAGCCCUGGAAGCGCCGGAAGCUUUGGCACUUCAAUUGGACGAAUGUGAUGGAAGCGAGGAAAACAGGGAAGCUUCAGGAACCUGUGAGGCUUCAUGGUUGCAGCAGCGGGCUCUGUACCGAGAUGUCUCUGCGCCACCCCAAAACGGCGUUGUUCCGGGUGCAGACAUGGCACAGACCGCAGUCAAUGAGUCAAGCGGCUUUUGCGACAGCCACACCGACGGCACGUGCAAAUACUUCAGCUGCAGUUCUUCAAGAGGACCAACGCAAUGUGUCCAAGGACAAUGCCGGUGUCAGCCAGGAUAUUGUGCUAUUGGAAGUAAAUGCGUUCUGAAUGUCCACCAGCAGAACUUGCUGCAGUGCCCCCAACGAACCGGUGGCACCUGCAGCUGGUUUGGCUAUUGCUACAACUUUCGUGGACCAACUCGCUGUGUGAAUGGGGAGUGCUUGUGCCAACCAGGCUAUUGUUCGGAUGAUGACGGCAAAUGUCAUAAGAAGCUACCUGACGUCAAAGCAGAUGUGGUCCCCAUCAAUGACCAGAUCAGAACGUUCCCACCACGCCAGGAGCAGCUACAGACAGCUGUUGCUUUAAGUGGUGGAGGCACCAGAGCAAUGGUGGCAGCGAUUGGAGCUCUUCGUGGGAUGGAAGAGCUACAGUUGAUGAGCCACGUCGAUUUGUUGGUUUCGGUCUCCGGGGGCAGUUGGACGGCUGGACCCUACAUGUUCGCUCACAUGAGUGACAAGGAACUCUUGGGAUCGCGCACCAAGCCGUCCGAGCUCUCCUUGCCGGAGCUGACCAAACGACCCGGUGCCAUUGGCGAGUCCGCCACGCACGAUAUCACCGAUCUCUUGAAACAAGCCUUCUUCAACCAUGAUGACCCACAUGGAAUUUGGGUCAACACCUUCAACAAGAUCUUGUUGGAGCCGCUGGGCCUGGGCAACACCAGCAAGUACAUGGCUUCUGAUGAGCAGAGCCUGCAGCGAAUUCUUCAAAAUAAUCCUCACUUGCGAAGAGAGGACUUCAUUCUACCUCCAAUAGAUCGACCAAGAGCAUUCGUCAUGCUUGGCGUAUUGCUUGCUCCCCUUGGUCAUGAAUCGGAAGACGACACAGUGGUGUCAUUGCAGAUGUCGCCGGACUUCUCAGGUUCUCCAUUCUAUCCUGGAGGCCACGGCAACAUCAAGUACGACGAGGAAUCCACGAAUUGGUUCACACGGGCCGAUAUUCCGGCGCUGAAGAUGGUCAUUGGUGGUGGCAUGGUGGAGACUUUCGCCUUUGGAGGCGACACACCCUACGACCAGAGUGGCCAGUCCGGAGGACAUGGAGUGAAGAUGCCAUCGCCCUCGGAGCCCUUGAGCCUCGCUAAGGCCAUUGGAGUGAGUAGCGCAGCCUUCACUGCGAUGAUCUCUCAAGCGCUCAACAACUUCGGAGGACAAACCAUGCAGGCGUUGAUCCCAGUCACCACUAUGUGGCCCAUCACUUCAAGAACACAACCUGGCCCCAAGGCUGCAGCCAAGUUUAAGAUUGGAGAUGGUGGACACAUGGAUAACUCUGGCUUAUUGCCAAUUCUGCAGCGCAAGGUACCAAAGGUGGUGAUGUUCGUCAACACAGACAUCCCAAUCAGCUUAAAGUCGGAUUUUUGUGGAUCCAGAAGAAUGACAUCCCCAGAGCUGAACAGCGCAGCCACUUGGUACUUUGUUGACAAGUUUGGCUUGGCAGCUCACAUGAAGGGGCAAUUUCAGAUGCACAAUCAGGUCUUUCACUUUGCAGAUCUACAGCCGAUGCUUUGUGACUUGCAAACCCACAGGCGUGCCGGCAGGCCCGCCGCGGCUCUUCGCAAGCUGGAGGUGUUGAAGAACAGUUGGUGGGGCAUUGAAGGAGGUUGGACUGUCGAGCUGCUGGUCAUCUACAUGGACAAGACCCGACUUUUUGAGCGUCGCCUUCCGGAAGACACCCGUAAGGAGAUCAAAGCUGGCAAAGAUGGGAUGUUUGCGAAUUUUCCACACUUCCCUUUGAUGCAACAGAACCCCGGAUCCCUGACCUCUUUCACCAGUGCACAGGUCAAUUUGCUGUCCGCUCAAGUAGAGUUUUCCGUUCGAAAGCAUGCAGGCCUUUUGCGGGAGGUCCUACAAGGUAUUCCCCGCAACCCAGAAGAGCCUGAAGAGAGUGACGGGUUCGAGGAUUUGAAUCCAAAUGAAAGACGAGAAGAUUCAUCCAACACGGCGAUGGCUGGUUGGGAAGGCGCACGGUGAGCAUCCCAGAGCUGAGAUGGGUGAUUUGUCUUCUCACGGAGCUUUCAAAAGGCUCAACACUUCAAAGCGGUCAAGAGAACCAGCUACAUCUGUAGUUUUUGUGGACAUGCAUCAGAGUUUUACAACUGAUGCACCUACCAAGAAUCUGCAUUCUGUACAGAGGGUUGCAUGUUUGCCUAAAAAGACACCCAGAA